AUGGGGUGUUUGCCAGAAGAAUUGAUCGAAGCAAUUCUUGUAAGGGUUCCAGUUAAAUACCUCUUACAGUUCAAAUAUGUUUCCAAAAAUUGGUUUAAUUUGAUUUCCAGUCCUGAAUUUGUGAAAAUUCAUCGUAAUUUUUCUGCUAAUGAUUACAACCGCCAUAUAUCUCUGUUACAAUUUCGGGAAGAUAUUAUAUAUUGUUCUGUUAGCUCUUUAUUUCAUAACUCUGUUAAUGAGGCACUUGAUUUGGAUUGUCCCAUGAAAAAUCCACCUCAACGUGUAUAUAUUUCUGGUUCUGUUAAUGGGUUGGUUUGUCUUGCCGAUGGGUUUAGUGGGUUAGUGCUAUGGAAUCCAUCAAUUAGAAAGUUCAAGAAAGUGUUCGGCUUUGUGCCUACACAGAUGCUAUGCAAAGAUCCAAAGAUUGUCACUGCUGAUGACUUCUUCAAAUCAGGCUUAAACGUAGCUGGAAAUACUUCAAAUAAUGUUGGAUCUGCAGUAACUAUUGUGAACGUUAACAACUUACCAGGGCUCAACACUCUAGGCAUUUCAUUAGCUCGUAUUGACUAUGCACCAUACAGUCUCAACCCACCACAUACACACCCUAGAGGAACCGAGGUUCUUACGGUCCUUGAGGGCACACUCUAUGUUGGUUUUGUCCUUUCAAACCCGGGUCCAAACAUGAAGAACAAGCUCUUUACCAAGAUUCUACAUCCUGGAGAUGUGUUUGUUUUCCCAAUAGGUCUCAUUCAUUUUCAAUUUAACGUGGGAAAAACUAAGGCUGUUGCAUUUGCUGGAUUCAAUAGUCAAAAUCAAGGAGUCAUCACCAUUGCAAAUGCAGUAUUUGGCUCAGACCCACCAAUCAAUGACGAUAUCCUCGCUAAAGCAUUCCAAGUUGAUAAGAAAGUUGUGGAUUAUCUCCAAUCACAAUUCUGGUGGGAUAACAACUAAAUUAGUAUAAGCCAAACUAUGGUGCUAUAAUUAUUAAUUUGUGUGGUUUUUAUUUGUAAUCGUUAGUAAACUUCAAGAUUAUACAGUCAUGUUGACUGAUUUUACUUGAUCUGUAUUAGAUGUACUA